AGUGUUUGCACUGAGCACUGCACUAACACGUUUAGCUCUCUAGCGUGAGCACACACUUUUAAAUGUAUAAACGUACAUGCACGAGAUAGAAAGAAACAACUCCUAUCUAUAUGCAUAGGUACACACAUUCACACACGCUGCGUUGGAAUACAUUCAACAUUUCCACAGGAGGAUGGCGGCUGUAACCAGCAGCAACAACAACCACCCCAGCUCGGCAUUACAUUCCAGCAGCAGCAACGAGCCUAAUACCAGGAAACGGAUAGACCCGAGGAGGAGGCAGGCGGCACUCAGCUUUCUCACCAACAUCUCUCUGGAUGGGCGCCUCACACAGGAUGAGGCUGAGGAGGACGGGGCAGCGGCCAGGACUAGUGGGACAGCAGUGCCUGUCCGGUCUGGAGCUGGAGCUGCAGCUUCCCCGCUCCCUCCUCCGGGGGACAAUACGGCGCUGCUCGCUGCCGAGCGCAGGUUUCAGCCGAGCGGAGCUACCGCAUCCCCUCUUCCCGCACCAUGUGUUCCUGCAGGCGGCGGUAGCAGGGCAAGGAUCAACUCCUUCACUCAGGGAAUACUGCCUGCUGCCUUCUUAAGGCAGGCAUCAGUCCCCAACUACUACCUGGAACAGGGACAGAUGGGCAGCAGCACUUUUGAUUUGCAAAGAUCCAGGCGCCGGUUGAUUUCCCAACGUUCUUCAUUAGAAACUCUGGAAGAUAUAGAGGAGAAUGCUCCAUUACGGAGAUGCCGGACUCUAUCAGGUUCACCCAGACCAAAGAGCUUUAAGAAAAUUCACUUUAUCAAAAAUAUGCGACAACAUGACACCAGAAACGGCAGGAUAGUGCUAAUCAGUGGCAAGAGAUCCUUCUGCUCAGUGUUUUCAGUAAUGCCAUAUCGAGACAACAGUCAGACAGGGGAUUUGAAAGCUGAGGGCGGGAGGCAGAGGCAUUCUUCAGGUGGUAUCGGUGUCAAGGAGAUGGUGAUUGGUCUUGAAGGAGUGGAACUAGGUGCUGAUGGCAAGACUGUUUCGUACACUCAGUUUCUUUAUCCAACCAAUGUCCUGGGUGGCAGGAGGAAUACAAUAGAUUCUACAGCUUCAUUAUCCCAGUUUCGGAACAGCAGCCAUCGCAAUCUUCCUCUUGGAAGGGCAAACAGUUCCCAAGGAAGCAUCGACACUGGCAAUGAAGUACUGGAGUUUGCGGAAUAUGAUCCAAACCUGCUGGAUGACCCACAGUGGCCAUGUGGAAAACAUAAAAGAGUUCUGAUCUUCCCUUCCUAUAUGACAACUGUGAUUGAAUAUGUCAAACCGUCCGAUCUGAAAAAGGACAUGAACGAAACCUUCAGAGAAAAGUUUCCCCAUAUUAAAUUGACCCUCAGUAAGAUAAGAAGUCUGAAACGUGAAAUGCGGAAGCUGGCUCAGGAGGAAUGUGGCCUGGAAGAGCCCACUGUAGCCAUGUCCUUUGUCUAUUUUGAGAAGCUGGCCCUCAAAGGCAAACUAAAUAAACAAAACCGAAAACUCUGUGCUGGUGCCUGUGUUCUGCUUGCUGCCAAAGUAGGCAGUGACCUCCGAAAGCAUGAAGUCAAGCAUCUGAUAGAUAAACUGGAAGAAAAAUUCAGACUUAACAGACGGGAACUGAUAGCAUUUGAGUUUCCAGUGUUAGUGGCCUUGGAAUUUGCUCUUCAUCUUUCUGAAAACGAGGUGCUGCCACACUAUAGGAGACUUACCCAGCAUUCUUAGCCCAAACUGUAUAUUAGCUGAUGCGGCCCAGGUUCUUGUGAUAAGCAUGUGUUCUCCCCCACCGCCCUCCAAUGGAUCUUCAAGUGCUGCUGGAAGUAAGCUAACUAUGAAGAACUUUCAAGUUUGGAAUAGCUUUCUGUAACAUAUGCGUGUACUGAUAAGCCACUGCAUAAAACAAACAGAUCUAUUUUUAUAUAUCCGCUGAUGGAAAUGCACUUUUGUGGCCUGAAGAUGUAGCGUUGAUGUUUUUCUCAGUCUGUGUGAAAUGACAUUGGUCAGAAGCCUUUUUCACAAAUACAAUCCUGACCGUAGUUUAGCUGUGACCCAAGGAAGAACAUAACCAUGGUUUCCCCAUCAAGUAAACAGUACAGGAAAAGGAUCUAUGAUCAGCAGAGGCCAAAUAAGUUCAAUGCUCUACCAUUUGCAGUGACAGGAUUGGAAGAAGGAUCCCUUCAGCAUGAACUGGGUUUCUGGAUUAGCAGUCCAGCAACAAUACCACAAUCCCAUUGCCUCCCACUAAAACAAAAAUCGGCAGCUAAAAUCCAUCAUGCCCCUGGAACUAUCUGCAGGAACUUGUCAUUAGGGAUGCUGGUUUCUUCUACAGAAGAACAAAACAGCAGGAGAAUUUAAUCAUACUGCUACAGGUUUGGACCAUCAGAUUCUGGUGCUACAGACCAACAAAUUUAUCACAGAGAAAACAGGAAGGUAAACAGGAAGUGCAUAUAGUUGUGAGAUUUUUGUCAGAUAAUAGAUCCUGUACAGAGUUGAUGCCUCUCUUGAGCAUUCAAUUUAGUUCCGGCAAAUAUAUCAGCACCACUGGAAUACCACAAAAUUUGUAUGAUGGAUAUCUAUUGUCCAGUGGUCUCCUCGGAGUGGCAAUAUAUUGUUACAUAUGUUUGUGAUAAAAGCAUGUAUAAAGAAAAAGAGAUUUAAAAAUGAUAGGUAGCAUUGCAAUUUUUUCAGUGCAAGAAGAAAAAGUAAAUCAGCUCUGUGCCACAGUCACACUUAUAUGCAUAAAAAUCGAUAUAUACUAAGGUAAUGAAGUGCUUACUCACCAGCAACUUGUAGUUACAUUCAGAAGAGUCUCAAAGACAACCAAUGACAAACACGCAGUCAAAACCUAAACACACAAAAAGCAUAUAUUUACAUAUUUACAGUUUUCUGAUCUUCUGUCCAUGUUUUUCUUUCUGACCUGAAAAAAUGAUCUGUGUAGAGUGAAGAUCCAAACUGAUGGAGUCAUUUUGAACUAUAAUGAAGGGACUGCCAAUUUUUGGAUUGUCCCCACUCACACCUAUCCCCAUCCAAUGAUUCGGACAAGAACUCACAAAUUUCACAAUGACUGCCUAGAGCCUGUAAAUCACAAAAUCAAUUCCAAAGUAACAGAUAUCUGUCUAAUUGAUAGAAACUGAUGAAAUCAAAUUAUUCCAUUAACCUUAAUGUUUAUGAAAUUUUGAAAACUAGGAUGGUACAUAUAAGAAUAAUUAACAUUCCUCAUCUGAAUAUUCAAUAUUGUACUACACCCGAGGUUACCAUGAAGAACUCUCCUUCUCAACCUCCAACCACCUUGCCUGAGGCACGGUGACCCUUAGGUUAAACCACCACCAGUUCUUUCUGUCUCUAAUGAGGCAGCAGCCCUAUGGUACAGUAGGAUUAUGACAACUUUACUUUACCUUUCAUUUAAUAUACCAGGGAUAAACGUAGCAAAAAAAAAGGAAGAUACUCCAAAUAUAUGAAGUACAAGUGAACAUUCCAUUUGGAUAUAAAAUGUCUUUCCUAUGGGACUAGUAACAAAAUGGAUUACCAGACCAUCUGACUGUAGAAUAAACAAAAAUCAGCUACUACACAGUCAAGAACUUUCAGUACUCUUAUUUACAUUAUUUUAUUCAUAGGGCUUUAUUCACAACACAAAUAACAAAAUUACAGGUUUAAAUGUGUAUUCCGAACAAACAGCAAUAACCUCUUGUCUGCAGCCAGAAAGCAGAAAUCGAAUAAAGUAACCAGCUCCUGGGUCAAUAUCUCUCACGACAUAUCUUCACAGAAGAUGAUUUUAGGAGGCAUGUACUCAUUGGUUGGAGGUUGGUUAGUCAGGCCUGUGACUGGCAGAUUAUCCCACAGAAGGUGCAAGUGAAGACUGUAGCUGGAUCUAUCCUUCCUUAUUGUGCUGGCUCUUUGCUCAGUCUCUGUAGCGUUCUUGGUGCAGCAUCUCAAGAUGUCAUAAUCCCUGACCUGAGCUGCCCACUGGUGAUGGUUGAUGUGGUGCACAGGGAGGGACCCCUUCAGACAGUCCUUGAAAUGCUUGAAUGGGGCCCUUCUGUUUAAAGUGUACCGUACAGAGAACUGACCAAUCUUGUGCAGCUGACUGGCAUUCAUCUAUGCACCACGAUCCGUCCAAUGCAAUUGGCUUUGCAGGAGGAUGGCAUUGAUGCUGGUGACAUGAGCUGUUUCCCGGCCUUCAAUGAUUGUGAUGUGGUUUUGCCAGAAGAUUGUGAAGAUGCUGCAGAUGUAACACUGAUGGAAGCGCUCUCGAAAGCAAUAUAAUUACCUAGGGCUUGGUGCCAGCUAGAAGGGCAAGGGUUGAAGACAAUGACUUUGUAGUUUUUUUGAGUUUGGUUUGUGUUCUCAGGCUGUGGUUACUCCAUAUUUGUUUGUAGUGUUUGCAGAAUGCACUAUUUGCUGUAGAAAGCUUAUUAUCCACUUUCUUUUCAACAAUGGCAUCAAGUAAGAGAGGUUCCUCAACUUGGUGUUAUCGAAGACAAUGCCUGAAGGCUUAUAUUCUUCUUGGAGUACAGACUGAUGCAGGGCUUCAUUUUUCUUCAAAUUAAUUUUUAAUCUCAGCCUGAAAGGGAUAGCAGGCCCCAAUGGAAGGUAAGUGAGGCACCCUCUCACUCCUCAACAUUUAAAUACUUAAAGUGCAGCUAUGGCCCAUUAGGGAGGUUGGAGUUGUUGGGCCAUUCAGCAAAAAGCUGACAAGUUUCCUUUCCUAACAUUGGGAAACUUAAUCAGUGGCAGGAACACUUUGAGAAGCCAUACCUAGAGCAGGAAAAUUCCACCUGCUAACUCCAAAGCAUCAAGGCAUCUGGAAGCUUUAACGGGACAACUAGAUUUUGAAACAAAAACACAAAUUGCUGGAAAAGCUCAGCAGGUCUGGCAGUAUCGGUGGAGAGAAAUCAGAGCUAAUGUUUCAGGUUAGGUGACCCUCCCUCAGAAUGGAUUUGAUCUGCUCAAUGACCAUUUCUCAGCUUUGAUUUUGCUUACACAGACAGUUAUAUUUAAUGCUAUGAGUAAUAUACAAUUCUCUCUCAUGCAUCUCCACAAUUAUUGGUUAACAGAUGCUGCAAACAAAUCAGUUAAAGAAUUAUGAGGAUAAAAUUGAGAUUACUUUAAAUGAUACAACAAACGCUUUUGUGGUUUGGUACAGAAAUGUCUGUGGCAAUGCCAGCACUCAUCAGUUUGUUAUUACGGAAUGUGGGUUUUCAGUGUUUACUCUCUAAAGUCUUGCACUCCAUUAUUGUGGUGUUUGUGUUUAAAAUGCAUAU